UGGUGGAGUAAAGCGGCGAAGAGGUGGAGAGGCUAUAGGUCGUGGACGUCUCGGGAUUUUCUCCGACAAAUCCACUAAAUUAUCCGGUCGGCCGUGAGGGCAGCGAUUCAGAAGCGAACGGGAAGACAUUUUUAGCAGCUAAGUAAUCGUUCAGACGAAUUUAGGACGACGGAUUCGAUUAAAUUGUAUUUACAUAACACGCUGUCUUCGCGUGGGAAACCGUGUUUUCGAGGUCUUUAGCAACGUUAGUAACCUGGAAUUAUAGGGCGGUUAGUUUUCGUAGUUUAUUUGUUGUCCGCUGGUAAUGUUUGUUGAAUACAAGGAAUCCGUUCAUGAGUUUUAGUUCAUGCGCAUUCUCGUUGACCCAUUCCAUCAUUCAGAAAAACAAGUUAUACAACGAAGCAGGCUGUCAGCCGCCGCGGUCCUAAAGCCCGCCGGGUUGCUUCGCUACGGAGCGCGCGAGCUGUCUCGUGCCCAAAUGAUUCAGCAGCUAGCCGUUUAUCAAUUUUUCAACAUAAUGGAAAAGGUUCAGUUAGAGCAAGGCUAAUUGUAACGCUUGUGUCCGAAGUCUUGAGGAUUCGCACGUGAAGCUGCUUCAUUUAUUUGCGCUCGUUUACCUCGUGCCCUAGUUUUCGUUGCUUUUGGACAAUUGAACGAGUCUCCGAGUCGAGCGAGAGACAACACGAGACUAUUUUAUAUCAUUCAGAAAGACUCGUCCACUUGAGUGAUGGUCAUUAAUACGAUCCACUGGUUCCGGAAGGGCUUGAGGCUCCACGACAACCCGGCGCUCAGAGAGGCUCUGCUGGGAGCGGAUACAGUCCGCUGCGUCUACAUCCUCGACCCCUGGUUCGCUGGAUCUUCCAACGUUGGGAUCAACAGGUGGAGGUUUUUACUGCAGAGUCUCGAGGAUUUGGACGCAAGCCUCCGUAAGCUAAACUCUCGCCUGUUUGUGAUUCGAGGCCAGCCAACUGAUGUCUUUCCCAGACUUUUCAAGGAGUGGAAGAUCAGUCGUCUGUCUUAUGAGUAUGACUCCGAGCCCUUUGGGAAAGAACGAGAUGCUGCCAUUAAGAAGCUGGCCUCUGAGGCUGGAGUGGAGGUGACGGUUCGCAUCUCCCACACUCUCUAUGACCUCGACAAGAUCAUAGAGUUGAACGGGGGUCAGUCCCCUCUCACCUACAAGCGGUUCCAGACCCUCAUCAGUCGUAUGGAUCCUGUGGAGAUGCCUGCAGAAUCCAUCACAGCUGAGAUCAUGGGGAAAUGCAGUACACCCCUGUCUGAAGACCAUGAUGAUAAGUUUGGGGUUCCCUCUCUGGAAGAACUGGGUUUUGACACUGAUGGUCUGUCGUCAGCUGUGUGGCCAGGAGGAGAGACUGAAGCUCUCACACGACUCGAGAGGCAUUUGGAACGAAAGGCAUGGGUGGCCAAUUUUGAGCGUCCCAGGAUGAACGCCAACUCGCUGCUCGCCAGCCCUACAGGCCUCAGCCCAUACCUGCGGUUCGGCUGCCUCUCCUGCCGCCUCUUCUACUUCAAACUCACCGACCUCUACAGGAAGGUGAAGAAGAACAGCUCCCCCCCUCUGUCGCUCUACGGCCAGCUGCUGUGGCGCGAGUUCUUCUACACAGCAGCCACCAACAACCCCUGCUUCGACAAGAUGGAGAGUAACCCCAUCUGCGUUCAGAUCCCGUGGGACCGCAACCCCGAGGCGCUGGCCAAGUGGGCUGAGGGCCGGACUGGCUUCCCCUGGAUCGAUGCCAUCAUGACUCAGCUGAGGCAGGAAGGCUGGAUCCACCACCUGGCCCGGCACGCCGUGGCCUGCUUCCUGACGAGAGGAGACCUGUGGGUCAGCUGGGAGGAGGGCAUGAAGGUGUUCGAGGAGCUGCUGCUGGAUGCAGACUGGAGUGUCAACGCAGGCAGCUGGAUGUGGCUGUCCUGCAGCUCUUUCUUUCAGCAGUUCUUCCACUGCUACUGCCCUGUUGGGUUUGGCCGGCGCACCGACCCAAAUGGAGAUUACAUACGGCGCUACCUGCCUACUCUGAGGGGCUUUCCAGCUAAGUAUAUUUAUGACCCUUGGAACGCUCCGGAUGCUGUGCAGAAGGCUGCUAAAUGUGUCGUUGGCGUGCAUUAUCCCAAGCCCAUGGUGAACCACGCAGAGGCCAGCUGCAUCAACAUCGAGCGGAUGAAACAGAUCUACCAGCAGCUCUCCUGUUACAGAGGCUUCGGCCUUUUGGCGACCGUUCCAUCCAACUCCAAUGGUAACGGAAACAACGAGACCCCCUCAGAUGGGGUGGGGUUCCCUCCUGAAGCGACGCAUAAGGUUGCAGCUCCAGCUGCUUAUCAGAUGCCAGCUCAUCCACGAGGAGACUGGCAGGGCGGCGUCACGAUGUACCGUCAGGGCGAAACACAAAUCAGCGCCGGCACACAUCAGCAAGUUCAAAGCUAUGCUGCCGGUUCAAGCAUGAUGUGUUACACACAACCCCCCCAGCAGGUUCAAAGUCCUGUCAUUCAGAAAGGCCCUGAACACCAUCCGUCCACGCAAACCAGCGGGAAAAGACACAUCGAGGACUCUGGGAACGGCAGAGGCUCCAAAGUCCAGAGGCAGAGCAACCACUAGAGUGUUCCCGCACAACGCCCAGCCCGCCAACACAAAACAAGUUUUGCUAUAUAGCACCACGUUGCAUGAACGCACCUUAAGACUGAACGUCCUAACUCCCCCGUUGUCAAACGUCAUCUAAAGUAAACGGACUGUAAAUUCUCUGGAGGACUGCACAUCCCAGGCAGAAGUGACACAAACUGAAGCAGCUGUUUCUGCUUACCUUUGGGUUGAUAUUAGGACAAACAUCCUUUUGUAUAUAAUGAUUUUGCUAAUUGCAGCUCGCACACAACUUGUACAUAUUUGGAUUGGUGUGUUUUCUUCUCUUUGUGUAGCCAUAGACCAAUUGAUAUAUUUUUGAUAUGAGAAAAUGUGAAGGAUAAUCUUUUUUAGAGGGGGUAAAUUUUCAUUAAAAACAAGCAUUUUCAGACUGUACAAAAAAAAAAGAAUAAAAACAAAGCUUCUUGUCUGUGAUAGUAAAACCACCUGCCUGCAUAUUUUUUUCCUACGUUUGUUUUUGAGCCCUCCAGUGUAAACUUAAAAAAAACAAGUGUUUUUGAUUGUUCUUUAUCUCAGUACUUGUGAAAUUGUCUCAUUCCUUAUCAGGUAUGACAUCAUGUUGCCUGUGUCAGUUCUUAUGGGUUAAAACUGAGAGGAAUAAAGAGUCUUCACAUCAUGGUGCCCCCUGUAAACUCCUGAUAAAUAAACGUACAAACUGAAA